AUGAUAGAAUUUCCACCGUUAAAAAAUGAUUUAAUUCUUCGUGCAGCUCGUGGAGAGAAAACAGAGCGAGCACCAGUAUGGAUUAUGAGACAAGCAGGAAGAUAUUUACCAGAGUUCCGUAAAGAAAGAGAAAAAUAUGAUUUUUUCACAAUUUGUCGAACGCCAGAAUUAGCCACACUAAUUACCUUACAACCAAUAAAUAGAUAUGAUGGAUUAUUAGACGCAGCGAUAAUUUUUUCCGAUAUAUUAGUUGUCCCACAAGCAUUAGGUUUAAUAGUAGAAAUGGUACCAAACAAAGGACCACAUUUCCCUUCGCCACUUGAAACACCAGCGGAUAUUGACGCAAAAUUAAAUAAAAAAGUGGAUGUAUAUAAAGAAUUAGGUUACGUAUUUGAUGCUAUUACAAUGACUAGACUAGAAUUGAAAGGAAGAGUUCCUUUAAUAGGAUUCAUUGGAGCACCUUGGACCUUAAUGGCUUACAUGAUUGAGGGAGGUGGAAGUAACAAUCUUUCAAAAGCUAAAACUUGGUUAUUCAAGUAUCCUGAGGAGAUAUUUGAAUCAUGGGGAGGAGAAUUGUCACCUCAUGAUUUUAAGACAUUCUCAUUACCCUAUAUCUCGCAGAUCGCUGAUAGUGUUAAAAAACAAUGCAGGGAUGACGGAAUAAUACCUGUACCCAUGACAAUAUUCUGUAAAGGUUCAUGGUAUGCAUUAGAAUCAUUAUCGGAGAUUGGGUAUGACACUAUUUCAUUAGAUUGGACUAUUGAUCCAACAUACGCUAAAAAUGUCACGAAAGGUAGAGUAACUUUACAAGGAAAUAUGGAUCCUUGUAUGUUGUAUGGAGGGGAUGAAGCUAUUCGUUCUACUGUCAGAACAAUGUUGGAAGCUUUUGGUACGUAUGAAAAGUAUAUUGUUAAUCUUGGACAUGGGAUUUUACCAACGGUUGAUCCAGAAGCUACAAGAGUUUUCUUGGAGACUGUUCACAGUGUUGGUUUAGAAUUAAAUAAAGAUAGAUAA